CUUGAUGCUCUGCUUCAUGUUCUGCCUACAGGUUCUAGGCCACAGUAGCCUGGACCCCUUCUUUGUCCACCGGAUGUCCAUGUUUUGGAAUGGGAGACCUGCGGAAGUGCCUAGCCAGUGGGGAAUAUGGCAUGCUGAAAGAUUGUCCUCUAUUUGAAAGCAAUUUUAUGCAGGUUACCAAGACAGGGGAUAUUGCCAACAAAGUCACGGUGGGCAUCGCUGCCAGCAGCCCAAGCCUUGAGAUGCCUGAUCUCAUGCUGCUGGCACGGCCAGCACCUUCCCUAACAGGACAGUGUGAGUGCCAGUGUCCUGAAGCACUGCCUUUCCCAGAUGAGGAGCUGCAGCUGUUUGGGCUUCUGCCCUUGAAGUUCGUCCGUCUCUACGUCCACGAUGAGUCGCGAUUCCAGCUCAAAGUCCGCCUGGCCAAUGGCCGUACCUUUUAUCUGCAGCUUCUGACGCAUCCCCUCAAGCAGGAUCAUGUCUUUGGGCAGUGGGUACGGCUGCUGUACCGCCUGCGCUUUUACCACGCUGAUGCCCCCAUUACUUAUGAACAGGAGACUGCAGCAUAUCGCCAGAAAAAAACUUUUUCUUAGGUGAGCUUCAGCCCCCU